AUGGCGGCUUCCACAGCUGACACAAGUUUGUUAAACGUUGCUAACGAACUUGGCGAAAAUGGUGAUUCGGUCGACGAGGAAGCAUUAUAUAGGAAGUUGUUAAUGCAGGCAGCUGAGAUGCAAGGUCUUAACCAACAUGGCCAGGAACCGGUUUGUCAUACUGUCAAACCACAACCAGGUUUUUGCAUCAAGACAAGGAAUGAAAGUAAUGCCAAAGUCUUUAUCAAUGUCUGCAAAUCAGCAGAGCUACCUUCACCUAAUGACAUCACAGAGGAAGAGCUGAUUAAGAUUCUGGAUUCAAGUGAACCAGACUACAGGGUACCACUUAGUAUCGGUGAAGGCCAUGCUGAGAUGGACAAAACUGGAAAAGGAUGCACUGCUUAUGAUGUCAUGAUAAACACGGAUUUCUUCGAAAAAGUUCAAAAGAGCAAUGUGUUCAAAGGAUUCUUGAUGUCUGUUGUGUUCGAGGGACUGGAGAAUAAGUACAAUAUCCAACUUGAAAGAAAUUGGGUGCAACUGAAGAAUAGAAAAUGUCUUGGGACACUCGGUGAGCACAACAUCCGUACGCAAUCAAAGCCCCGGAUCUUAGAGGUAGAAUCCCUAAAUGACGAGAACCAAGGAAGUCCUCAAGACCAACCUAAGAAGUCCCUGAUAACGGAAGUAGAAGGCAUGAGUGAUAGAGUAGUUGCACCUGAACCAGAGUACAUCAUAAUGAGAGAACCACCAGAAGGCCAUCCAGAGUUCCUUGUUAUUGAGAUCAAACUACCUGGAGUGAAGACGGCCAAGACCCUGAGUCUGGAUCUUGGGGAGGAUAGAGUCCUCCUUCAUGCACACCCAAACCUCUACCACAUGGAUAUCUAUCUCCCAUUUGAUGUCAAUAGUGACGAGGCAGGGGCGCAGUUCAACAAGGACAAUAAGGUACUCACAGUGACCCUUCCAGUGCAUCCAUUUUCUGUCUGAAGCAAUUAACUUCUUUCAAUGAAAUACAUGAAAAGGGUGAGGAGAGCAACGAAUUCAUGAAAAGCUUCUCUGCAUUGAGUGACCUCAACUUAAAAGGUGUUUUUUAAUUUGGUAUUUAUUUUGUUAUUGUUAUGAUGAAUCGCCUGACAUAACCAGGCCAGAUGGCCACUUCAAAUUGAGGGCUACACUUAACUGAUUUGGGCUAUCGAUCCAAAUCGGUUGUCACCAGGGACCAGGGGCACAUUACCACAGGUUGCUCCUGGGCCUGAAACAGGGUUACCUCUUCACAGUCCAUAAGGAUGUAGGCAUGGGUGUCAUCCACUAGGAGCCUGGCCGGUA